UAGUUUCAGUUCAGUACGCUCUCUGACGCGCGAUAGAACGGUGGCAUCGCCAGACGCGAUCUCGACCGUGAUACGCGCACGUAAUGUGUGACAAUAAGUGUUGCUUCCUCUUUGCUAUCUAAAUUUUAAUGUGUUUAAUGAUAUAGUAUUUAACGGUUUUUCUAGCGUUAUUACAUUUAUAAUCAACAAUAUUUUAUUAAUUAUCGUCGUUUAAUUAAUAUCUGCCAAUGAAAUCUACUUGAAGACGAAUCGUAUCGAUGACCGACGGGCCUGCUGAGUGUGGAUGGCGUCAGACACGGAUGCCAUAGGCUCUAUCAGCAACAGCGAACGACAUCGCCGUGAUGAGCACAACCCGCCAAAAUGCGUCAGCGGCCUUUUUAAACCGGGAACUGACGCGUUGGUCGGCUCGAGAUGGCCAUAAACUGUGGAGCGCGCGCAUACUGCCACCCCGCGUACGCGCACUCUCAUGCCCUACCGCGGCGCUAUGAAAUGUGGAAACACUGCAGGUGGCGACAGAAAACGUCACCACCAAGGACAAACGCAGCUGUUAGGGUGCCCAGAUAGAGACGUUUAGAAGUGUUUUCCUUAGAGGCCUAAGUGUUACUGUUCAGUGUAAAUAUAGUGGUGUGUGUAAAUGUUAAGAAUGACGGGCGAAAACCGGGGCGCUCGCGCUCCAUUACUUGAGUGCGGGAGUGGCGAAUACUCGCAUAACCAUAAGACGUUAGCGCCGCGGUGUUGCUUCUGGUUGGCCAGCCACGUCAACGUCAGAAAAUGCGUCGCUGGCGUCAUGCUGCUAUCCGUCCUCACCAUAUUGUUUUACUCCUAUUAUGUCACAAUACCUCUGACCAGCUUAGUGUGGCGAGAUCGAAUCCCGCGUCCACUCACCCAGUGUUCAUUGCUCGCUUCGCAACAGCAAGCUGCGCGCGAUCAUCGUUCGGACGCCCGACUUCGUAUCGACGCUAAAGUACUUGUUAUAGUAGAAUCGGCCUACUCACGACUUGGUCGCGACAUCGCCGAGCUCCUUGUCGCCAACCGUAUAAGGUACAAAAUUGAAGUAGCAGGCAAGAGUCUGCCUGUACUCACCACUUUGGACAAGGGGCGUUACGGCGUGAUCGUGUUCGAAUCUCUGUCGAAAUAUGCCAAUAUGGAUAAAUGGAAUCGAGAGCUACUCGACAAAUACUGUCGGGAGUAUUCCGUUGGAGUAGUCGGCUUCGCGACGCCUAGCGAAGAGACCUUGGUCGGCGCACAGCUAAAAGGAUUUCCACUAUUCAUGCAUACUAAUUUGAGGUUGAAGGAUGCAACGUUGAACGCUGCUUCACCCGUAUUGCGAUUGGCUCGUGCUGGAGAAACUGCCUGGGGCGCGCUUCCUGGUGACCACUGGUCGGUGUUCCGAGCCAACAGCUCUACCUACGAACCUAUCGCGUGGGCGCUUAGAGAACACGAUUAUGAAACUGAUGGAGAGCGGAUGCCGCUGGCAACUGUGAUACAAGACCACGGCCGUUUGGACGGCGUCCAACGCGUUCUGUUCGGUAGUGGUCUACAGUUCUGGUUGCAUCGACUGCUUUUUCUGGACGCAUUAAGCUACCUCAGUCACGGGCAGCUCAGCUUGAGUCUGGAUCGAUGGAUAUUGGUUGAUAUCGAUGACAUCUUUGUCGGUGAGAAAGGUACCCGUCUUCACGAAGAAGACGUGGCGGCACUAUUGACGUCUCAGGCAGCACUGCAGCGAUUAGUUCCGGGAUUCAGGUUCAACCUCGGCUACAGCGCCAAGUACUACCACCACGGAACGCCAACGGAAAACCUCGGCGAUGACGCUCUGUUAAAACAUAGGGAAUAUUUUAAUUGGUUUUGCCACAUGUGGAACCAUCAACAGCCUCACCUGUACAACAACGUGUCUCAGCUCGAAGCGGAAAUGAUGCUGAACAAACAGUUCGCUCUAGAGCACGGGAUCCCGACGAACUCGUGCUACUCUGUGUCCCCGCACCACUCCGGAGUCUAUCCCGUACACGAACCUCUAUACGAAGCCUGGAGGAAAGUCUGGGACGUUAAAGUUACUAGCACGGAGGAGUAUCCUCACUUAAGACCAGCUAGAUUACGUCGCGGUUUCCGGCACCGGGGCGUGAUGGUGUUGCCGCGUCAAACGUGCGGUCUGUUCACGCACACGUUACUGUUGGAGCGUUAUCCGGGCGGGAGGCAUCGACUAGACCGCUCCAUACAGGGAGGCGAGCUCUUCCAGACUGUUAUCAACAAUCCGAUCAACGUGUUCAUGACCCACAUGUCGAAUUAUGGCAACGAUCGACUCGCAUUAUACACUUUCGAGUCGGUGGUCAAGUUCCUGAGAUGCUGGACCAAUGUGCGUCUUGCAUCAGCACCACCUUUGGCCCUGGCGGAGAAGUAUUUCCAACUGAGACCCGACGAACUGAACCCGUUGUGGGGGAAUCCGUGCGAUGACAUCCGACACCGCCGCAUAUGGUCCAAGAGUAAAUGGUGCGGCACACUGCCCAGACUCCUAGUGAUCGGUCCCCAGAAGACCGGCAGCACAGCCCUAUACACGUUCCUAGCGAUGCACCCAACACUGAAGCCGAACUUGCCCAGCCCGAGCACAUACGAAGAGCUACAAUUCUUCAAUAACAACAACUACCUUAAAGGACUGGAUUGGUACCUGAAUUUUUUCCCGCCAAGUCUAACUAACAACUCACAAAUAACAUUCGAGAAGUCGGCGACGUACUUCGACGGCGACCUGGUGCCGAGGAGAGCGCACGCAUUACUGCCCAACGCCAAGAUCAUUGCCAUACUGAUAUCACCAUCGAAACGUGCGUACUCCUGGUAUCAGCACAUACGCUCUCACGGCGACCCGAUCGCGAAUAAUUACACAUUCCACACAAUCAUCACGGCGAAUGACUCCGCACCGAAACAACUCAGGGAUUUGAGGAAUCGUUGCUUGAAUCCUGGGAAAUACAGUCAUUAUUUAGAACGUUGGUUGUCGGAGUACAGCGUGCACCAGUUGCACGUCAUCGACGGGUCGAUGCUGCGCUCUGAGCCGGCGGUCGUGAUGAACACGCUCCAGAAGUUCCUCAAGAUAUCGCCGCAUAUCGACUACAAUAAACUGCUCAAAUACGAUCCGAAAAAAGGAUUCUUCUGUCAAGUGGUCGGGGGCGAGAAAACGAAAUGCCUUGGGAAGUCGAAGGGUCGCGUGUACCCGCCGAUGGAGGAGCGCUCGGCCAAGUUCCUCAGGCGUUACUACACGCCGCAUAACACUGCACUGUCCAAGCUGCUGGUCAGGGUCGGCCGCCCCGUGCCGCACUGGCUCAAGGACGAGCUCUCGGCCAACGGAUGACCUCACACCGACUGCAACCUCCUGUUCUAUAAAUAAGGCGUAAUUUAAUAUACACUAAACCUGAAAAAAAGUUACUUAAAUAUGAAAAUCUAUAUAUAUAUAAAUGAAUUGCUGUUCGUUAGUCUCGCUAAAACUCGAGAUUGGCUGGACCGAUUUGGUUAAGUUUGGUCUUGAAUUAUUUGUCCAAGUUAUUUGUCCAAUUAUUUGUCCAAGUCCAAGAAGUCCAGAGAAGGUUUAAAAGGUAGAUAAAUAUGAAAAUGCUCGGAAUUAAAUAAAAAUAACAAUUUUGUUUUUGCUUUAAUGUGUCUGUCCCCCGUCGGACGCAUUUCUUUUGUUUGUUUUAAGUUUAUUUUAUACAACAGUUUAGGUAUUUUAUUUAUCGAUUGAGGCACUACGAAGUCUGCCGGGUCAGCUAGCUAGUCGAUAAUAAAAAGUACCCGUGAAACUUGCGAGCCGAUGUCGUAUUCCCCGGCCGCAUUACGUAGGUUAUUAUUUUUAUUAAUGAAAUUUACAUCGACACCGACGACUCUGACCGCUCCGGUGGACCGUAUAUUGUGUCCAGUUUUUUUAAUAUUUGAUAAUACUUUUUUGAGACACAACCAAACUGAUAUAAUUAAGAAAUUUUUAACGGCUUAAUCUCGGGUUCGUUGUCAUAAUACUACUAUUACGGACUUUUUCUCGAAAACUAUACAGAGCUUUCUUGGUCACCGUUCGUGAUCUUAAUUAUUUUUUAAUCAUAUUAACGGCUAGCAAUUACAAUAAAUUAAAAGUCGAGUCCGCUCCUAGUUUCGGGCGACGAUUUUCAGUUUUGGUAUAUACUAAAUUAUUAGAUCUCGCAAAUGUCGGAUCGUUGUUGAGAAAUAUUUAUUAAAAAAAAAAGAACGUUUUUAAUGUAAUAUUUUUAAGGGUUAUAAUACGACUUUUAAUGUAACUGGUAAAAUCCGGAUUGUAGUUUUUUUUUUUUUGUUAUACGUGUAGAGUAUGAAUGAUUGCGUUGCAAAUUUGAUUUCGAUUCAGCUGAGCGAGUCUAUCGGUGUCUUGUUGCGAAAGGCGCGGCGGCGUCGACUUAGGUGCUAUUCAGUUAUCGCAUGGAACUUGUUAAUAACGAUUCGCCUUCGUGUUGUUAUUAUUUAUUAGGCAACUAGAAAAUCCCGAUAAAAAAAAAGAGCUUAUUCAAAAUAACGUAGGGAGUUUUUAUUUUGUUUUUCGCGUCACUAUUAUUAGUAUUUUUCAUUCCAAAACGUUGCGAACCAUCUAUCGUAGGGCAUCGCUUUUGUUAAAUGUAUGGUUUUUUUUUGUUUACAAUUUACGUACCUGAAACGGAUGUGUAAUAUAGUUAAUUAUUGUACAUUUCAUGUCGAAUCUUAAUAAUGAAUCUAUCGUGAUAAUAAUUAUUUUAUAAACUGUUUUUUUUUUCAGUGCCAUAUUUAAUGAAAGCGGCACUAGAAUGUUUUUUUUUUUUUUUUGAAAAAAACUAUAGAUCAAUUUACUAGUCUUUUACAUUUUAAACGUGUAUUCGCGUAAAUGUUGUUUUAUUGCGCGAUAUUCAUAUCAAAUGUAAGUACACGAAUGAAUUAAACACAUACAUACAUACAUACAAUAUGUUUGUGUACUAAAACGCUCGAAGUACAUCUUUCGAAACAUCACUUUUAGUUACCCGUUUUAAAAUAAGGUAAAACGAUAUACAACAUAUAAAAGUUGAAUAAUAUUGCAUUAUAUUUUAAAUGGAAUGUUAUCGUAAACGACUCAAAGAAUUGUAUGUUGCAUAUAUUUUGAUAUGACAUGAUAUUUUGACGACGAAUAAUAUUGAAUGUUUUUUUAAAUGUGAAUACAACAUCGCUAUUAGACAAUUUUCUUAAUGUUUAUCGUCGAUACUUAUAUAGUAUAAGAAAUUGUUUUUUUUUUUUUUAAACGUACUGAAAUUUUUAUAUAGCUAAAUUUUAUAAUAAAGCUAUCGUAUGAAAUGUUUGUAAAUUCGAGUACAUAUUUCUUAUUUUUUAUUAAAUUUUCUCUAAUACAAUAAUGCAAAAUUGAAAUUACAUAUAUGAUUUUUGAAGUUAUUAUGAGACAGACAUAUUAGACGUGUAUUAUUACAAUUGUUGUUUGUAAUUCGAGUAAUAAUAAUUAUAUUCGAGAAUAUUAAUUAUGACUUAAUUGAAGGAGGCCGUGUGGCAGUACAGUUCAGUCUCUAAAUUAUUUAGUUGUUAAACUUAUUAUUCAACGACUAUUUUUCUUUGAAAUAAAACAGCCAAUGACUGCUCUUAAGAUGUGUUCUUCAUAAGAAAUUAACAACAUUACUUAUUUUAUAAUAAAACAUUUGAAAUUUA